AUGAUCGAUUUCCAACUGUCGCCAGAACAACUGGCACUCCGGAACGCAGUCAGGGGUUGGGCAAAGGCUCACCUCACAACAGCACGCUCGGUAUAUGAGGGUCAAGGAGCCUCGUCCGAACAAUGGCAGCAACGCUUCCGCUCGACUCAGCCGAUUUACGCCGAAGCAGUCAAAGCCGGUCUUAUCAAGGCUCAAAUUCCCAAGGAGCUUGGCGGCGGCGGAGGUCCCUUGAUCGAGGCAGCUUUAGUUGUCGAAGAGUUUUACGCCGUCGAGACCAGCGCCUCUCUGACAAUCCUUGGGACUGGCCUUGGCUUGACACCCUUGAUCAUGGCGGGAAGUCCAGCUCAACACGAGAAGUUUUUCAAACCUUUUCUCGAGGGCACCGGCACGCCGAUGGCCAGUUUAGUCUUUUCUGAACCUGAGGGAAGCGCCAACUUUGCGGAAGCGGGAGCCCCGGGUUUUCAGACGAUUGCACGUAAUGAAGGGGAAGAGUACGUAAUCAGCGGUGAAAAGAUCUGGGCGACAAACUGCUCCGGGUGGGAUGAUCGGGGUGCCGAUGUUCAGUGCGUCUUAUGCCGUGUUGUUGGAUCUGCUCCAGCCGAGAACGUCCGUGACCAAACUGCCAUUAUCAUUGUGACCAGACAAGACAUUGCAGCGAACGAGCCGAGUGCUUAUCAGGUUCUUUACCAUCCCCAAACCAUUGGACACACGGCCGUUAACGGGCCGCACAUCCGGUUCAAGGACUUGCGCGUGCCAAAAUCAAAUUUGCUCGCACCACCAGGCAAGGGUGCCGAUGUGGUGGAAAUGACCUUCACAGCCUCAGCAGCUCUCGUGGGCGCCAUGGGGGUAGGCAUCAUGCGGCAGACCUUUGAUCGUGCGUUAGCCUGGGCCAAAGCCGAAAAGCGAGGCUCGACGGAGACCAUGAUCCAGAAGCAGAGCGUGGCGGAUUUGUUGAUCAAGAUCAAGACUCGAUGUGAGGCCACGCGAGCUCUCGUUUGGAAGGCUGCGCAUUGUUUCGGCCGAACGCGAUAUGGGGCCGAGCUGUGCUACGAAGCCAAGAUUUUUGGCUCGGAAAGCGCUGUAGAGUCGGUCAUGGAUGCAAUUAAUCUGGUCGGUGUUUCUGCAUAUUCAACCAAGCAACCGUUCGGGGACCUGCUGAACGAUGCGGUGGUGUUGCCGAUUUUCGAUGGAGGUAAUGUCGGGGUUCGCAGGAGGCAAAUCGAGAGUAUCUUUGCGAGCGAGGGAUACGAUCCAUGGGAGACAACAUUCGGGCCGAAUCAGUGA